AUAAUUAAAAAACGUCUUGUACAAAUAGUAAGAGAUAGUUAAUAAAAUUAUUGGUUAAUUAAAAGCUCUUGAUUAGAAACAAACGUAUAUUUAUGGCAGCUAUUACCGGAAGAGAAAAUAAUCGCUGGCAGUGUUGCUAAGUAACGAUAGUAAGAAUAUUUGCCCGCUGUAGGUUUCAGGGCAUUUAAGUUAGUCACUACACGCUACUGAAUUGUGCAACAACGAGUGAGGAUGACCCCGGGCUGCAGCGUGUCUAGCACGGCGUCCUCGCGAUCGCCCAACCUUCCUCGGACGCACCAUUUAUGUGCAACAAACUAUAAAUAUUUCCAACCGUAUAAUUAUUAUAGACAUGGCACACUAUAAAUAGAUGGACACUACUAGAUCAUAUUCAUUCGAUAAUCAAUCGAAAAUGAAGCCAUUAGUCCUGCUCUGUGUUAUCGCCGGGAGCCUCCGAACCGGGGCAGCAGAAAGUACGCGGGCGAGGGCGCCGGGGCAGCUGCAGCCUCCGCGCCUGCCGCCAACUAGGUUCAGGUCGCAGCGCUUCGAACUAGUGCCGACGACUGAACCGUCAGCUGAGCCCACUACCGACUCCGUCGGGGGGCCGUACCCGCCAUCCGGGUGGAAGCCGGCAGGCGCGUCCUUCGCACUCCCCCAAGAGCAGGCGGCGGCGAGGGCCCCUUACCCUCCUUCGGGAUGGAAGCCCGAAGGGACGCCUUUCCGGUUACCCGGAGAGCCAAACGCUGGCUACGGAACUCCGGACGACUUAUACGGCGUGCCCGAUGACACCUCUGGCGUACCGACAACAGACGCGCCCACCACUGAGACCCCGGAGAAUCUUCGAGCAGAAAAAAUAGAAGGACCUGUGGAGGUGCUGAGGAGCGUCGGGACGUACUACGUGCUGCUUCCGCAGACGAAGACAGCAGCCGCGCGGGGCGCGGGGGGCCCUGCGCGCCUGCAGCUCGGCCGCCGCGCGCCGCUUACGUCUUUCGGAUAAUAGAUUCAGCUUACUUCUUUUUUGUUCAAAUAAACUACAUUAAAGCCUUAAAGUGAUA